AUGGCCAUUCUGUUUAGAAGUUCUCCUGAGCAAAUUAGAGCUCUUGCCGAGGAGGUUCUUUCGAAAAAGAUCAGCUUAACCCCUGAACAAGUGGCAGAUCUUACAUCAAAGAUCCGCGAUUCUUUGGCGAAAAUUAGCAAUAUUGGAGCCAUUCUUGCAGAAACUCGCGGAAACAAGACCCUAGCAUCGAAUUUAGAAUCAAAGGUAUGUGUGGUUAUGGCUCUCGAGGCAAGCGCUCGUGCUGCGACCAUCAAGAAUACUACAGACACAGUGAGAGAGGCCAUUCAAGUUGCUGAGGAGGCUCAGCUUGCUGCCAAUGAAGCCAUACGAUCUGCUGAAGAAGUGAUGAAGCUGGCUAGGGAACAUCUUGAUGCUGCCAAAACCGAAGCAGAUGCUACAGAAACGCGUGCUAAAGAGGUUAAUGCAAGCUUGUCCACUCUUGAAGGUGAAAUGAAGAAAGUGAAAGUACAAUAUCUGCAAAUUGCGGAUGACGCGAAGAAUGCCUUCCAACUUGUUGACAAAGCUUUACAAGCUGCUCAAACUGCCGAACAAGGAAAUAAGCAGAUGACGAUGGAUAUCGAGGUAGCACAAGGACUUCUUUCUGCUCGAACUCAAGGAAACGAAGCACCGCAAAAGAGAGCAGAAGCGUUACGGCAGCGAGCUUCCAAGCUUUUAUACAAGGCUCAAAGAAAUAGUGAUGAUAUUAGUGGUAAGCCAUCUUGCGUAUUUAUUUCCAUUCAGUUUCCCCUCAAAUCUGUUCUGAACACUAAAGGUCGGAAAUUAUCGUUACUUUGUAUUGGCAUGAUUUCGUUCUAUUAUAUUAGCGACGCACGUUCGAAAAGGCGUAAUUACGCCUUUUCACGUGUUCUUCUUUGCCUUUGAUU